AUCGAAUAAGUUAGUAUAUUUCAAAUACAUUUUGUUUGUAAUAAUCCAGUGAGGGGAAGACGGUCCCGCUUGCUAGUUGCCGUCAGCCUUACUAUGGCGACACUCAAACUAUUAGUUCUGUUGGCAUCCUGCCUCGUAGCUCAUGCUAUUCCACAAUCGCCUCCGAUAUCAAGAUCGACAAUUUUCGGCGAUGAAAGAUUAAAGGGCGAAAUAUUUGAGAAUGUUGAUGCCUACUCCAACGAAGUAGCUCUCGGCGAGCGAAACGUCAAUGCUAUCGCCUACCGUCUUCCUAAUACAACAAAACCGGAAAGCUACGUGGUAUUAUGGGUAGUGGAUACCACAAACCUACUGUUCGAGGGUACGGUUGAUAUCAGCCUUGUGGCAAAUCAAGCAAAUGUAAAUGAAAUUGUGAUUCACGCACAUGACUUGAACAUCACGUCUUUGGUGUUGAGGUUGAAUAAUGUAAUACAGCCGACCAUAUAUUCGUUCGAGCCGGAAUACCAUUUCUUGCGAAUCAGACUAUCUAGCAAUGCAAUGCAGUAUAACCCUACGAAUCCAGUGAGAUAUACAUUGUCUAUUGCAUUUAGAGCACCUUUAAGGGAUGACAUGUACGGAAUUUAUAGAAGUUGGUUCAGAAACAGAAGUACUGAUCCUAUAAGGUGGAUGGCAACAACACAGUUCCAAGCAACAGCAGCUCGUUUUGCAUUCCCGUGCUACGAUGAACCUAGUUUCAAGGCGACUUUCAAUAUAACCAUCAGACGUCCCGUGACCCACAGGAGUUGGUCCUGCACUAGAAUCAGACAGACAGUUAAUAGUCCGAAUACGUUAUAUCAGGAUGAUAUUUAUUACCAAACUCCGGUGAUGUCCACAUAUCUUUUAGCUUUAAUCGUUGCCGAAUACCAUUCCUUGUCAGUAUUAGAGAACGGCAAUCUAACUUAUGAGGUAAUCGCAAGACAGGGUGCCAUCGAAGCUAACCAGGGUCAAUAUGCAUUUGACGUUGGGCAGGAACUUCUAGCUGAGAUGAAUAACCACACAGCAUUGAACUUUAGGUCAAUGAAUCCUUACCUUAAAAUGACACAAGCGUCGAUACCCGAUUUUUCAGCAGGCGCUAUGGAGAACUGGGGCUUGCUUACUUACAGGGAAGCUUACUUGAUGUACGACCCUGCACACACCAAUGAUUACUAUAAACAAUUGAUCGCGUAUAUCCUUUCCCACGAAAUCGCUCACAUGUGGUUUGGUAACUUGGUCACUUGCGAUUGGUGGGGAGUGCUGUGGCUCAACGAAGGUUUCGCUAGAUACUAUCAGUAUUUCCUUACUGACUGGGUUGAAGAUUACAUGGGUUUAGGUACUAGAUUUAUAACAGAGCAAGUACAUACGGCGUUGCUCGCUGACGCUGCGGACAACCCUCACCCUCUUACAACUCCUGGAAUCGGAAGUGCGGUUGCUGUCAGAACGAUGUUCUCCACAAUCUCAUAUAACAAAGGUGCAGCUGUUAUUAGAAUGACGGAACAUUUCCUUGGUUUUGACGUCCACAGAGAGGGUCUACGCAAUUAUUUGGUAGAGAGGGCUUAUUCAACUGCUCAACCGAUACACUUGUUCCGAAACUUGGAAUCUGUCGGUAUAUCUUCCGGUUCAUUGGCCGCCUAUGGAUCUGACUUCAACUUCAUCGAAUAUUACGAAAGCUGGACUGAACAACCUGGUCAUCCAGUUUUACUUGUCAAUGUUAACCAUCAAAAUGGUGAUAUGACUAUAAUUCAGCGCCGUUUUAACAUAAACACUGGCUAUUCUUCUGUGAAUACCAACUGGAUCAUACCCAUAACAUUCGCAACCGCUAGUAACCGCAACUUUGCUGACACCAAGCCAACGCAUAUUAUUCGCAAGGCUGUUACGGUCAUCAACCGAAACUCCAUUGGUGAUGAGUGGGUUAUCUUCAAUAAGCAGCAAACAGGUUUCUACAGAGUACUUUACGAUGACUACACUUGGGAUCUCAUUACGCUGGCUUUGAGAGGACCAGACAGGCUUCAGAUCCACGAAUAUAAUAGAGCUCAGAUCGUGAAUGACGUGUUCCAAUUUGCUCGCUCUGGCCUCAUGAAUUACACCAAGGCCUUCAGUAUUCUAUCAUUCUUGGAAAACGAGACUGAAUACACUCCAUGGGUUGCUGCCCUCACUGGAUUCUCGUGGAUAAGGAACAGGUUUAGGGGCACACCAUUACUGGCUCAAACAGAGGCGACGAUGGUAAGAUGGUCAGCUACAGCGAUCAGGAACCUGACGUACUACCCUCAAGCGAACGAGUCGUUCAUGCGUUCCUAUCUUCGCUAUCAAUUGGCUCCUGUGCUAUGUGCAAUGAACGUGCAAGAGUGCAGAACGGCCGCUAACGCACAAUUCCGUGCUCUUAUCAAUAACGGGAUAGAGGUACCAGUGAACAGCCGUAACUGGGUGUACUGCAACGCUCUACGCGAUGGCUCUCAGGCAGAUUUCAACUUCCUCUGGACCCGUUUCCAGAAUCACAACGUCUACACUGAGAAAAUAUUGCUCCUAUCCGUCUUAGGUUGUACCCCUCAUGCCGCCUCCCUUAAUACAUUCUUGACUGCUAUUGUUCAAGACAACUUCAUAGUUCGUCCCCAAGAUUACACCACAGCCUGGAAUUCUGCCACCACAGGCAAUGAGGGAAAUACACAAAUUGUCUUCAAUUUCGUCAGAAAUAACCUGCAGACUGUCAUUAAUGCUUUUGGAUCUGCUUCCGUUCCUCUGUCAUAUAUCUCUUCAAGACUUAGAACUGAAGCUGAAAUCGUAGAGUUCCAAACUUGGGCGGACCAGAAUCGUGCAGCUUUAGGAGAUGAUUACCAGAGCGUGUACAACGGAGCGGAAGCGUCACGGAACAGCAUUCGCUGGGCGGCUGCUGUAGCCAGCGACUUCAACAACUACUUCGUAAACGGGGAUACCCCGAUUGUACUGACAACGACCACGCGCGCUCCUGCCACUACCGUACCCACUGUUACAGCACCACCUGUCGUCGAACCAACCACCCCAACAUUACCAUCAUCAGCAAUGACGUCAUUCGUUUCAUUAUCUGCUCUUUUGUUAGUUAUCGUUAAUUUUAUUAUUUGAAUUACAUCCUGUAAGAUAUUAUUUUUAUUAUUUAUG